UCAAGUUGGGCUCGAGGCGUUGUCUGAGGUUGCUUGCAGCUUCGGCGUGCCUGCGCGUGGUUGGCGGCCCAGAUGUGGCCGCCCGUUGCGUUCGCCAUGCCAGUGGCGCCUGGGCACCGCGUGGCCGCCAGCACCUGUGGCGCCGCCGUGGUUCCCAGCGCUCGCCCUCCUUCCGCAGCGGCGGCGGCGCCUCGGAGGAGCUCCUCGCGGCUGUGCCCGUCCGCUGCGCUCGCCCUCGCGGCUCUGGGGAUGCCUGUGGGAGGUGGCCGCGGGGGAGGGCGCGCGGGGGCACGAGCUGGCGGCCGGGUGCGGAGGCGUGCCCGGGAGGUCGUCGUGGAGCUGGAGCGGUCGGCGAAGGUGCUCCUGGAGUCGGGGACCGUCGCCAGCAUGGACGCGUUCAUGGCCGAGCAUUCCACCGCAGUGGCCCUGCAGAACGUGGAGAAAACGGAGGAGGAAGCAGGUGAUUCGGGCCAGACGUUGUGCUAUCUGGAGCCCACGACCAUCGGCCCAUUCAGCACCCAGGUUCGGCUCACCGUGGGCAUAAGCCUGCCAGAGUCUGGCGAGUGUGACAUCGACGUCAUGAAAAUCGAGGCUGGCUCCGUGAAGAAGGCAGGCGCUGGGAACUUCAAGAGGCUUUUCGCCCACACGAAGACUCGGAAUUCGAUGUCCUGGAAGAUGGGCAGCGAGCGCGGGCUGGAGGUGACGUACACUACCUUCGCGCGCGCUGUGGCUGGCCUGCCUUUCUGGUUUCCGUUCCCAGAAGGAUGGGUGAAGUCUGCCAUAGAGGGCCAAAUCAGCCAGAUAGUCAGCUCGCUUCAGGGCGAAGUUAUGGACAGAUUACGGGACAAGUACAUGGCGUGGGAGGCGGCCGCUGGUUUCAGAGAGUCGCGGUGAAACGGCACCGAGCACGCGACAGGACGGUUUCUUUUAAGCAGAUGCAGCGUUUUCUGUUUCAGUCCGGCGCUACGUGGUAUAGCACCGAUGAGUGAGUUUGGCUCGGCCACACGGCAGUGCUUGAAUAGUCUUGUGUCCAUUCGAUCCAUGAUCUGCGCGCCCCACUAGAGCGCCUGGCACCUACUGAUGAGAUUUCGCGUGUGUUCCCCGGGGGACUCUGCGCGCGGCCCGGCCCGCGCCCCCUCGCUCCCUGCAGAUUCUCCCGUCCGCAUGCCCCCGCGCACUUGCGGCUGGCUGCCGCCCCGCCGCUGCGUCCUGAGCGCCAGCGGCAACUGAGUUGACGAGCAGGAGGAG